CGCACGGGAACAAAGAGCGCGGGCGCGGGCCGUCCGGCGACACCGCCCCACGCUGGGCUCGCCCACGAGGGCGCCCGCGAGGAGAGCGCCUCCCGCGCCGGUGCGCUUGUGCCCCGUCGCGGAUUCCAAUGCGAACCCGAAGAAUCACGUUCUGACGGAAAACGCCCUAACCCUGACGGAAAAGGCGGAUAAGCCGCGCUUGGCCACCUCAGCGAGGCGGAAGAUGUGGGCGGCGUCGCCAAACGAGGCCGAGAACGUCGAUGCAGAAUACGGAAAGCCCUACAAAUCAACAAGAAAAACACAGAAAACGAGGAGCGGGCGGCCCAGGUGCGGCGUCCCCCGCCCGCGUGCCCGCCAUGGAGGUGCUGCGGCGCUCCUCCGUCCUCGCCGCGGAGAUCAUGGACGCCUUUGACCGGUCGCCCACCGACAAGGAGCUGGUGGCCCAGGCCAAGGCGCUGGGCCGGGAGUUCGUGCACGCGCGGCUCCUGCGCGCCGGCCUCGCCUGGAGCGCGCCCGAGCGCGCCGCACCGGCCCCCGGCGGCCGCCUGGCCGAGGUGUGCGCCGUGCUGCUGCGCCUGGGGGACGAGUUGGAGCUGAUUCGGCCCAGUGUCUACCGCAACGUGGCCCGCCAGCUCCACAUCUCCCUGCAGUCCGAGCCCGUGGUGACCGACGCGUUCCUGGCCGUGGCUGGCCACAUCUUCUCUGCAGGCAUCACGUGGGGCAAGGUGGUGUCCCUGUAUGCUGUGGCCGCAGGGCUGGCCGUGGACUGCGUGCGGCAGGCCCAGCCCGCCAUGGUCCACGCCCUGGUUGACUGCCUGGGGGAGUUUGUGCGGAAGACCCUGGCCACCUGGCUGCGGCGGCGCGGCGGAUGGACCGACGUGCUCAAGUGUGUGGUCAGCACGGACCCUGGCCUCCGCUCCCACUGGCUCCUGGCUGCGCUCUGCAGCCUCGGCCGCUUCCUCAAGGCGGCUGUCUUUGUGCUGUUGCCGGAGAGAUGAGGCGCCCAGCUGGACAGCGGCUGCUGCCCAGCCCAGAAGCCCUGCAGCACCCGGACAGCAUCUCCCCCUCCCCACCCGACUGCUCCCCCGCAGACCAGGCCCUCCAGGAGCAUGGCCUGGAGCUGGCCUGCCUGCCGCCUGAGCCCUUCCCUUCACUUCUCCAGCGAGAAGCCCCAGAGGGGCCCCCUCAGGACACGAGCUGGCCUCGGUCCCUCUAGGCAGCAGGCCCAGCAGAUGGUGUGAGACUCGUCUCUGGAAGGAGGACCGAGGCUGUGGGGCCCAUGCAGCACGCCUGACCACAGUGCAGAUUGGUCCCCAUCUCCCCUCUGUGCCCCGCCCCGCCCCGCCCCGCCCCGCCCAUGGACUCUGACACCAGGAAGGCUCGGCUGUGCAGGCUGCCCCGGGCAGGCCCACAGGAGCUGUCCCUGCGGCCCCCAGCCCAUGUGGAGUGGUGCUGGGGACACGGGCUGAAUGCAGGCCCAGCCCUGCCCUGCCUCCCUGUGGCUUCCGACGGCCCGUGGGCAAUAAAGUCCAAACCAUGGUUUUCACUGUU